CUAGAAUGACUUGGAAUUUCAGGCAACAUCAUUUUGUCAGGCUAGCACUGCCCAUGCGAUGUCCUAAUUGAUCUUGGCACGCUUGGCUGAAUACACAUCCACGCAACACAUUCGUUCUUCUCUCUCUCAACUAUGCUGUCGACAUCAUCACGAUCUGCAUCCGGGUGUUGGUUCGAGUCGGAUGAUUACAAAUGUCCCUUAUGUGGCAGUGCAUCAUGGCUCUGAUGAACACUGCUUAUGGCGGUGGAGUUCUGGCUUACUGGACUGACCUCAGUUCGGAUCGUGCGUCGGAGAUAGCAGCUCAGCCUGCCAUCUAUCUAUUGCUUCAGAAAGGUAUUCUGUUGCCUAGAUAUGAUGUGUAUAGCCCAUUACGAUGUUUAUGUCUGUGUUUACUGGUAGGGUUCCUUAUUAUGGAGUAUAUAUACAGAUCAUGAAAGAAGCAACGCAUUAUGGGCGGCUCAGUAUAUUUGAUCUGCAUCGAAGUACAAAGCUGCCAUGAGGAUCUUCUGUGAUGUUCUUACGGUGGUGUGCACAUUCAGUUUAAUUCGAAAUGUUCUAGGCCAUUCGGUUCGAAACUCAGCCACAGAAUAUGCAGCCCGACUCGAGCAGGUCGUGAUUCACCCCCAAUCUCGGACUACCUCGGUCAAGGGCCAACAGGACAUCACUAUAGGUGUUCCUGGACAUGGUGGCCCGGUGCGGCUGCAGUUGGAGCCGAAUCGGGACAUUCUUGCCCCGGAUACUUACGUCGAGUAUCUGAAUGGCACAGAACCCCAGUCACUCAAUGGAGACAGGGAAAGAGUGUUUCGGGGUGACGUCCUGGUGAAUUCGUCCAGCAAUGCAUGGCAUCCGGCAGGACGAGCACGCAUAUAUCUCAUCCAGGAUGGGACAAGCCCGCUGUUCGAGGGAGCCUUCACGCUGUUCGAUCAACAAUACCACAUCAACCUAGUUACGCAGUCAAAUUCCUCCUAUCCGCACAUGGAAAUCAGCACAUCAGGAGAUGCUAUAAGCACACUGUCUCAGAACACAGUAUUCUCCCGCCAAUCCACCCAAGACAACACAUGCUCCCGGCCUCGGAGAGUCGCUCUGAUUGGACUCGCCACAGAUUGUUCCUACCGCGCCGCAUUCUCAUCCACAGAUGAGCUCCACCGAGGACUAAUCAGCAUGGUGAACACCGCAUCAGAGGUCUACGAGAGGACAUGGAACAUCUCGCUCGUCAUCCGCAACAUCACCAUCAGCGACGAGUCAUGUCCCGACACACCCCAGCGAGAUACCCCAUGGAAUGUCGGCUGCUCCAGUGGGAAUCUGGACUGGCGACUUCAGCAAUUUGCCUCAUGGCGACGCUGGCAUUAUGACCCCAAUGCCUACUGGACUCUGAUGACCAACUGUCCCACCGGGAACGUGGUGGGUGUGUCCAUCGUGGGAGGGCUCUGCACGACUUACUCCGGGGCAAAUGUAGUGGCGCGGACUUCCAAUCAAUGGCAGGUUUUUGCCCACGAAUCCGGCCAUAUGUUCGGCGCGACCCAUGACUGCGACUCCCAAACCUGCUCCACUUCGAAUGGGGAUUGCUGCCCCCUGUCUUCGAGCUCUUGCGACGCCGACGGACAAUAUAUCAUGAACCCAUCUUCCACCUCCUAUCAGACGUCCUUUUCGCCCUGCACUGUCGGACAAGUCUGCUCCUUACUCCGCUCUGGCAGAGUAGAGGAUGACUGUCUUGUGCACAGUAAUGAUACAGGACCUACGAUCAGCGGGCCUAGUACCCCUGCUGGUGAGUGCGGUAAUGGCAUUGUCGAAGACGGCGAGGAGUGCGAUUGCGGUGAGACCUGCGCGGACAAUUCCAAUUCCUGCUGCGUUAACUGCCGGUUGGUGAGUGGCUCGCAAUGCGAUGGAGGCAGCGGACGUUGUCAAGGUGGACGCUGCGAAGGUAGUGAGGAUCGCCGUCCGUUAGGGGAAUAUGAACCGCUUGUUAUUGGACUGGCUGCUGGUAUAGGAGGGGGAUUGCUUCUUGGGAUAGUCAUUGCUAUUGUGUGGCGCUGUUGUUGUCGGAGGAGAAGAGUGGAUAAACAGGAUGAACCUCCUCUCUCUAGAGAAGUAAAUAAUCAUAUAUACCGAUAG